UAUUAAGCACUUUAGCGGGCAUCUACGAUCCAUUGGGACUAUUGUGUCCAGCUGUUUUGCCCGCAAAGUUAUUUUUUCAGCAAUUAUGGGAUGACAAACACGACUGGGACACUCCACUUGCCUUGGAGGAAAAAUCCUUUUGGGAGAGUUUCCUCCAGGGUUGGCAAGUUCAGGAGAUUCGUCUGCCCAGAAAAGUCCUUAAAUCACACGAUAACAUACAGAUCCACGCGUUUGUUGACGCCUCUGCAAGCACAUAUGCUGUUGCGAUUUUCUUGAGAGGAGAACUUAAUAGCUCAGCCUCCUCUAACCUUAUUUUUGCCAAAACCCGCCUUAAACCUAAAAAGGGUGGCAAAACACUCACAAUACCACGAAUGGAACUUAUAGCUAUACUUAUU